AUAAAUCGUGUCAGUGCUAAUGAAAUGGACAACCUGGUACAGAACAAGUUCGUUAUCUUUUAACUUAUAUACGUCACUAAGUGUAACUAAACUGUAAAAGCAGAAAGAACUAAAUAAUUUUAUAGAUAUAUAAAAAAUAUCUUGGUUUUAUUAAACACGUUUUAAAGUUUUUUGUUUAGAACUAACACCGAACAUGGGGUCGGCUUUGUCCAAUUUUCAACCAGAAGAGCUCGCCGUUUUUAAAAGUCUACCCCCAAAAACUACCGUAGAAAUACCAGAACGACCCGAGAAUAGAGUACCUACAGACAGAAAAUUUUUAAUAGUCUUCGGGGUGUUUGUAGUUGCCUUGCUGCCCUUCCUGAUAUACACGUUAUACUAUUCCGACAUUCACAGAAUUUUUAGAUAUUAUGACCAAUGUGGCAACAUCUGUGGAAAAAUAAACGGCCAACAAGGCCAAUUUGAAUGUUCGGGCCAAGAUUUCACGAACAAAAGGCUCCUAGAACUGAGCGAUGUUAAUGGGACUAAGGUAGAUCUAUAUCUUGCCCCCAGAUUAUGUGUCUCGGAGUGCUCUCCAGGCUACGACGAAGUAUCCGGUUAUUGUCUCAAGCGAAACUAUGACGUAAAUGGAAGUCUGAAAUACUACUAUUAUGAGAACAACGCAUGGACAUCUAACUUAUCGGGUUAUUUGAAUUAUAUGGCAUGGAGAAUCACCCUUGCAUGUUCUCUCUCCCUGGCCAUCGGAUUCACUGUUCUGUUCCUCUUCCGUAUGGCCACGGUUGUCAUGGUGUGGGGCAUCUUGGCAGGAGUUCUCAUUUUUUUGGCUGCUGCAAUGGGAGGUUGCUGGUACCUUUAUACCCAAGCCAGAUCAGAAAAUAGUCAGGGAUUUUUAGUUUUAGCCAUUUUCGCAACAGUUAUGUUCUUAAUUCUACUCUGCUUGGUAGUUUUCUUCAGAAAAAAAAUUGCCUUGGUAAUUGUAUUACUGAAGGAAUCAAUGAAGGCGACUUUUGCGAUGCCGCGACUGUUCCUAGUUCCCGUGUUGGUUCUUAUCGCACAACUGAUUAUAUUGGGUGCCUUCACUGUCACAACUAUUUACAUGAGUUCUGCUGGGAUACUGGCAAAACAAACCGAUUUCUAUUUGAUCUACAGAAAAAACUUUGUGAUGAUCUUCGCCAUUAUAUUCAACGGCUGCAUAACAAUUUGGGCUGCCCAAUUCGUCACUGCUAUCAAUUACAUGGUAGUAGCUGGUGCAGUUUCCAAAUGGUAUUUCGCGAGAGAUAAGAACCAUUUGGACAGUCCUAUUGUAACCAGUACAUCUAUUACGUUCAAGUUUCAUUUGGGAAGCGUCGCUUUCGGAUCCAUGAUUAUUACCAUCAUAGUUAUAAUACGCUCAAUUUUGUCUUCACUAUCGAGGAAUAGAGUCGUAUGUUUUCCAGCCAUCGAGAGGUUCGUGAAGUUCCUGUCAAAAAAUGCGUAUCUCUUAACAGCUAUGCAUGGCCAACCGUUCUUCAAAUCUGGCAAAAGGGCGGUGCAAAUCAUAAUCCAGAAUGUAGUGAACAUAGCUGCAGUCAAUUUCAUAGGAAAUUUCAUCCUUUUCAUGGCUCACUUGCUGGUGGUACUGCUGUCUGUUUUUGUCACCUUUUUAGUGAUGCUGGGAGCAGAUGGCACUUAUAUUGAAUUCGUAUACCUCAUCGUAGUACUCGUGUCUAUAGUUGUAGCAGCCAUUUGCUUCUCGAUAUUUGAGACUGCCAUCGACACAAUAUUUUUAUGCUUCUGUGAAGAUUGCACACUUAAUGAUGGUAUGAGCAGGCCGUACGCCAUGUCAACAGCAUUGAUGGAGUUCAUGGACAAUUCCAAGACAAUAUUUGCGAAGAAGAAGAUGUAAAUUUUGUAGACUUUCGCUUUCGGCUUCAGUGCUGCCAACGCUGUCAAUGAAUGUUCCUAGUAAAAUGUGCGACGGCAAGAUUGUUACUUUGUUAAAUAAUAUUUUUAUUAGUAUUUAAGUAAAUAAACUUUUAUAUAGUAAUUUUGUAUUAUAAAACUUGUUUUCUAUUUUGAACAAUUCAUUACGGCAUAUUACAACAACUUAAAAAAAUAGGAAUAUUUAGACUAAUCACUUUUAAUAUGUCUCAUUGAACAAUGAAACUCUCAAGAAUUAUUGAAACGUGUCAAAA